CAUACACACACACACACACUCACACAACACUCUCCCUGCGUGCGUGUGUGUGUGUCUCUCUCUCUCUGUGUCUGUCUGUUUUAUUGCACCCAGAGAUUUAACAUUAUCUUAUAAAAGAAAGAAAAAAACACUGAGAUUAGGAGCUAUAGUUGUUUGUGAGGUAAUGGGUUAAGCAAGUGAUCUUAGUGAAAGAGAGAGACAUAUAUAUAGUAUAUAUAAAAGUAGAUAUAAGAUUAAAGGGUCGGUUUGGUUGCUUGUUUCUGUUUAGCUUUUGGUGUUUUGAAAUAUGUGACGCUUUUUGUGAAGUGGGUUUGCUUUGAUUCUCUCGAAGGAUCUAUAACUUGGGGUGUUUCUCUGUGGUUUUGCUGUUUUGAAAACUUUUUGUAGUGUUUUUGAGUUAAAGGACAAGUUUUGAUGGCUGGGAGUAAUGAAGUUAACCUCAAUGAGUCCAAGAUGGUUGUACCUUUGAAUACAUGGGUGCUCAUCUCCAACUUCAAGUUAGCUUACAAUCUUCUACGUCGCCCUGAUGGCACCUUUAACCGGCACUUAGCAGAAUUCCUUGAUCGGAAAGUUCCGGCCAAUGCAAAGCCUGUUGAUGGCGUGUUCUCAUUUGAUGUUGUUUUAGACCGGAGUACUGGCCUCUAUAUCCGGAUCUAUAGACUAGCCCAUGGCGAAGAACCUCAGUUAAAUAUUGCUGAUCUUGAGAAGCCUGUGACUGCUGAGGUUGUCCCAGUCAUAGUAUUCUUUCAUGGUGGAAGCUUUGCUCACUCCUCUGCAAACAGUGCUAUAUAUGAUGCUCUAUGUCGCAGACUAGUGGGCAUUUGUAAAGCUGUUGUGGUCUCUGUGAAUUAUCGCCGUGCACCUGAAAAUAGGUACCCAUGUGCUUAUGAUGAUGGAUGGGCAGCUCUUAAGUGGGUUAGUUCAAGGUCAUGGCUGCAAAGUAAGGACUCAAAAGUUCAUAUAUACUUGGCCGGAGAUAGUUCUGGUGGUAACAUUGUCCAUCAUGUUGCUUUACGGGCAGUAGAAUCAGACAUUGAAGUAUUGGGCAAUAUAUUGCUCAACCCUAUGUUUGGUGGGCUAGAGAGAACUGAAUCCGAGACGCGAUUAGAUGGGAAAUACUUUGUUACGACCCGAGACCGAGAUUGGUAUUGGAGAGCAUAUCUCCCUGAAGGGGAAGAUAGAGACCACCCAGCAUGUAACCCAUUUGGUCCUAAGGGUAAAAGUCUGGAAGGAAUUAAGUUCCCGAAGAGCCUUGUUGUGGUGGCUAGCUUGGACCUUAUUCAGGACUGGCAGUUGGCUUAUGCCAAGGGGCUUGAGAAGGCUGGCCAAGUGGUGAAACUUCUAUAUCUGGAGCAGGCAACAAUUGGGUUUUACUUGUUGCCUAAUAACAACCACUUCUAUACUGUCAUGGAUGAGAUAAAUAACUUUGUGUGUUCUGACUGUUAAUAGACUUAACUUUACCUACAGGCAGCCAUAUGUAACAAAUGCUUGACAUUCCAGUUGGGGGCACUUAAGUGGUUGUGUGCAGUAUAUAAGAUUGUGUAGUAAUACUACUUACCGUUUUAUUCAUCGUGGUAUUAGGAUUCUGCUUCUUGGGUCUGGUUAUCUUCUUUGUAUGUGGAUGCUGGGCUUGAUUGUUGGGUGCAGAGGUAUGGUUCAGCAUGUAGCUCGACCUGAAUGUUUUUUUGUGGUGGAAAUCCUAUUGUCUGGACUUUGAUGGUAUUGGUUUGAUGAAGUUUUCAUGGCGGCAGGAGCCACCUGACUAAGUUUAGCAGACCCACCAAAUUUAAGAUUACCCAUUCUGGCUUCUGGCAAUGAAAGGGAGAAGACAGGAGUGUAGGGGUAUACAUUUGGUGGCCGAUCAAUCGGGGAUCGGUGCCUAGCUAAUGUUAUAUAUAGAUAUAUAUUUAUAUCUAAUCUUAUAAACAUGGAUGGGAAAACAUCCGUGGUAUUGUGAUCCUGUAUGUUAAUAUAUAUGUUCUAGUUUAUAUGAAGUGUUUGCUUAUUACUA